CCUAAGAGCAAGAGUUAGCGACACUAAAAGCCUGCGUAACUCUGGGCGACCCACCAGGCUAUCUAGAGACGCUCCACUGUUUUCUUCUUUUGCCUUAAUUUUUCUUUUUCCGUUGGAACUUUGGAAUGCGCUUCUGCGUUUCUGCGGAGACAAUGGCCGCCGCCCCUCCGCCGUUAUAAAGCGCGGCUUUCCGCUUAUCGACUUCUUCCCCUCCACGACUGCUUCUGCUUGUCCCUGUUCUCGUCCCUGUUCUUGACCCAACGCAACCCCCAGAUUUGCCUCAAGACUUUCAGGAACAAUGACGCAGCUAUCGACCAUUCCCCAGAGGUUCCUCUCAAAGCCCAACCAGCUGGGCCUGGUGGCCGUGGGGUUCAGCGGGGGGCAGGGCAAGCCAGGCGUCGAAUCGGCCCCGCUGGCCCUUAUCGAAGCCGGACUUAUCGACCAGCUUCGUGACGACCUGGGCUAUGAGAUCUACCAUGACGAAAAGGUUCACUUCUACGAAUCCAUCCUGCCCGCCUCCGACCCGGACCAUCGAGGGAUGAAGAAGCCCCGCACCGUGAGCGCCGUCACGCGCCAGCUGAGCCAGCAGGUGUACGACCACGCCAAGGAGGGUCGGCUCGCUCUCACCCUCGGUGGUGACCACUCGAUCGCCAUCGGGUCCAUUUCUGGGUCUGCCAAGGCUAUCCGCGAGAGACUGGGUCGCGAGAUCGCUGUGAUCUGGGUCGAUGCGCACGCCGAUAUCAACACGCCCGAGCUGAGUCCGAGUGGGAACAUUCACGGCAUGCCGAUGGCCUUUUUGACCAGACUUGCCCAUGAGGAGAAGGAGGAUAUUUUCGGCUGGUUGCAGGAUGAUCAGAUCGUUAACACCCGGAAACUGGUGUAUAUUGGUCUGCGCGACGUCGAUCGUGGUGAGAAGAAACUGCUCCGGGAUAACGGGAUCAAGGCGUUUAGCAUGCACGAUAUUGACAGGUAUGGUAUCGGGCGGGUUGUCGAAAUGGCCCUUGCCCACAUUGGAAACGAUACUCCCAUCCACCUGUCCUUCGACGUCGAUGCGCUGGACCCACAGUGGGCUCCCAGUACUGGAACCCCAGUCCGUGGAGGGUUAACUCUUCGUGAGGGUGACUUCAUCUGUGAAUGCGUCCACGAGACGGGCAAUCUGGUCGCCAUGGACCUUGUCGAAGUCAACCCCAGCUUGGCAGCACCGGGAGCCGCGGAGACCAUCCGCACCGGCUGCUCGUUGGUGCGCAGUGCAUUGGGAGAUACGCUUCUAUGAAGAUGACGACGUCAAGGCGUUAAAGGGCAUUGGGCUGUAUGACUAUGGUAAUUGUGGAGAUGAUUGAUUUUAAGUCUUCAUGUUAUAGACCAAUAAUGCUGGACUUCAGACCAGUAUGUAGAAUUAAGGAUCGAUGAUUGAUUUUGACAUGCACGUUUAGAUAUUCCAUGUAGGCAAGGCAACGAAUGCACGUCGUGGAAAAGAUUCUUAGAUAAA